AUGGCAUUACGAUCUCAAAUCCUCAGACACGCCGUAACGCUCGUACCCUCCCUUGGAUUUACUCGGGCAGCUAUUUCAGAGGCAGCUCUCAAGGCAACUGCCGGAGAAGAACUACCAGAAAGGACCAUCGACGUUCUUUUCGGCCGUGGGGAGGAUGCCAGAAAGACUUUGAUACGGGCAUGGCUCGAAGAAGGAAGAAACUCUAUGGGUGCAUCUAAUCAUCCAGGUACUGUCCGAGACGCAUUGCAUCGACGUUUGGAAUGGAACGUUCCGGUGCUGGACAAGCUUCCAGAGGCAUACGCGCUUCUCGCUACUCCAUCUUCGCUAUCACCUUUGGACGUACGAGCUAUCCUCGAACAUCCAGCAAUGGUUGCUCAUCAAGCGUGCAAAGUUGCUCAACAAUCUGAUUCUGGCAUGUCCUGGUACACGAGACGCGCCGCACUCGCGUCUGCCUACGCAGCUGCAGAAUUGCAUCAGCUCAACUCGCCAGCCACCGCCUCAGGAUUCCUAGAUGGCCUCCUCGACGCGAGCGAAGGUGCAGAUAAUGCGGUGUCUGAAGUCGCGACGUUUGCACAGUACAUUGGAAAGAGCUGGAUAGCGAUUGCUCGGAGUAGAGGUUUACUAUCUUAA